GAUAACAUGAUUCUCAUCCAGUGCCCGAUGGAUAUGCUGUGGCGAGGAUCUGAGUUAACAUACCUCAUUGUAGCCUCUUGCAAGCAUGUUGAUAGCACAUUUGUUAAACCGAACCCACUCAGGCACAUUGAGGCUCUACGAGAAUGGAAUCAGUUGGCUUGGUUUGUGGAUCAGAAAUGGGCCCUGAUAAUGGUAGACCAGUUUCAAGCCACGACUCUUACCCGUGAGAUCAUGAGUGUACGCCUUGUUGAUGCAUCCUUCUCGACUUUCAACAACUCCCACCCUUGCCUUCCCACCUAAUUCUUCAACAAUGUCUUCCGAUCAACAGGCUGUGACAAUCAAGUUGUCGAGGAUAUAUCUUCAUUCUGUGACAGUUCCGGGAAUUCCAGCAGCAUGUCGACAAUUUGACAAGCCCUGUAGCUUUCCUUGCUCCAGUGGAACCUCCAACCAACAGAACGAGAUCCCAAUCACGCUGUUACGUUCUAUACUUUCAGAUCGCCUUCCUGCAAAAGCUAGCAACGUCACUUUACACUGGCGUCUUACCGCCAGCACUGAGGGUUCAUAUCCCGUGAUCACCACUCGCCAUAAGAUCACCGACACCACAUCUACGGUUGAUGCACAGAACUAUACCAUCGUCUUUGCCGAACGGUUAGACAGACUUCAAAAGAUAACGAGUAACCACCAAAGGUUACGCAAAUCCCAGCAAGACUCUCGAGCUCAGCCGAAGACAUCCUAUCCUUCUCCGCCUCUUUUGACAGGAGCAGGCAAGAUCUCCCCGAAUCAAUACUGCGGCAUAAGCAAAAGGAGACGGAGAAGACAGCUCGACUACACACAACAACCGUGCCCGACCUUCCUCAGCGAACUUCGACGGCGUGCUGAGCAGCAUAGUAAGGCGACGGGUGAGGUGAACUGUCUUCUUCGGGUUAUGCAGGUGCAACAAUACAUUAUGUCCGGGAAGAGCAGCUUGAGUACCUGCCACAAACGACAUAUGGAGUCUCGGUCUAUUUCACCGUCGGACAACAGUGUUUGUUCUGAGUGAUACCACCGAGUUCACUUGAGUUAUAAUGUUUCUGAUGCGGUGUUUCGGGGGAUGGUAGACAAAUGAUUCAUGUCCU